AUGGAGAUUGGUUCGAACAGUGCUGAGAAUCCUUUAUUAAAUGAGAGUGAAGCAGUUGAGGAACCGAAGAGGGGUAUGUGUUUUAGCUCAAAGCAAGAAGUGUAUUCAUUUUAUGCCAAAUAUGCUAAACAUGUUGGAUUUUCCAUAGCUUAUAAAACUCAAGUUUGUGGCGAUGAUGGGGAAUUAAGAUAUUUAGGGAUUGAAUGUUCUCGAUCAGGAAAGAGAAUCAGAAAAUCAGAUGUAAACCCUCUAAAGCCAUCUUUGUCUACAAAAAUUGAUUGUAAAGCAAGGAGAAGAUUAGAAAUUAAUGAUCAACCAGGGAUUGGGGUGUCUAGAAAUUAUCACUCAAUGGUUGUUGAAGCUAGGGGUUAUGAGUCGCUAACAUUUGAUGAGCGAGAUGCACGAAAUUACAUUGACAGAGCUAGAAAAUUGAGGCUUGGAGAAGGAGAUUCCGAUGCACUUCAAAAAUAUUUUUUGAGGAUGCAUGCACAAAAUUCGAGUUUCUAUUAUGUGAUUGAUGUUGAUACUGACUUUCACAUAAGAAACUUGUUUUGGGCAGAUGCAAUGAGUCGGGCGGCUUAUAAAGAAUUUGGAGAUGAGUUAACCACCAUGGACAGUCGAUUUUGCUUGGUUGUGGCCUGUUAUCUAGUGAAGACACUGAUACAUUUGUUUGCUAUUCAAAUCAUGGUUAAAUUGCAGAAAAUUCCGGAGAAAUUGAAAGGGUAUUCCCAAUAUGAAUCCAUGAAGAUGGAUUUGCAAAAUGCAGUGUAUGACACAUUCACAAAAGAUGAAUUCGAGAUGAAAUGGAAAGACAUGAUUGCAAAAUUCAAUCUUUAUGAGAAUCAAUGGUUGGGGGUGUUACAUGAUGAGCGACAUCGAUGGGUUCCUGUAGAGAAAGAGAAGAAAGCUGACUUCAAGUCUCGGCACAAAGUCUUCGAUUGCCUAACUGUGUAUGGUUUUGAGAAGCAAUUUCAGGAUGCCUACACCAAUACAAAAUUCAAAGAAGUUCAAGCAGAGAUGAAAAGACUAGUUUAUUGUCAGCCAUUUCUUGUCAAAGAAGAGGGUUCAAUUUGUACAUAUUUUGUAAAGGAAGCUAUGGUAGUUUUUGGGAAGAUGAAGCAUGUGGACUUUGUUGUCUAUUAUAAUUCCACCGAAUUUGAUGUGCAAUGUAUGUGCCGGUUGUUUGAAUUUAGAGGCAUCAUGUGUGCUCACUCACUCGUUGUGCUCAUUGCAAGAUGCAUAAAUGAGGUCCCAAAUAAAUACAUUCUACCACGAUGGCGAAAAGAUUUGGAUAGAGGAUACACAUGCAUGAAAACCAUAUACACUGGCUUUGGGGAUGAUUUCAAUGCAAAGGUAUAUGAGAAGAUGAACAGAAAAUUGGUUAUCAUUGCACAAUUUGCUGGGAACUGUGAAGGGAAAAUAAAACUUAUCGACCGUGGGUUGGAUGAAAUCAAGGCAAAAGUGAUGAAAGAUGAUGAAGGUGGUGGGAGUAAUGUAGCACCUUCGACUAGUAAUGUACCACCUAUUACUAGUAAUGUACCAUCUUCCCCAAUUGCCAGCAUUAAUAGAAAGGCAAUAAGUCAUACCAAGUUGCUUAGUCCUUUGGUUGCUCGGCGAAAAGGUCGUCCAGUUACUAAAAGAAAGGUUGCCAAAGUAGAUCAAAUAGUGAAUCGGUUGAAGGCAAGCAAAAGAAAACAUAACAAAUCAAAGGGUACUAAGGUGCUUGGAGGUGAAGGUGAAGGUCAAUGUCAAUCUCAACCUAAACGUAGUGUACGUAGAGAGGUUUAUACUUAUGUGGUUGGCAUGGAAAAUAGUAUGUGUGUGCCGGGACACAUGGUCAAUGCUAUUGGAGGCACAUCUCUCACCCCGGCAAGUGUGGACAUUAUGAGCAGACAAAGUUUCAUAAAUCCCCCAACUCAGAUUUAUGGAGUUGGCACAUCGCUUACCCCGUCGGACUGUAUUGGAGGCACCCCGGGAUUUAUGAGAUCUCAACAAUCCAUGACUGUUACGCAUCAAAUUUAUGGAGCCGUACCAUCUUCAUUUGUUAACUUCAAUGUACAAAUGAGCCAUAAUGACUGUGGCGGUAGUUUUCGUUAG